AUGAGCAGAGGGGUGGGGGGUCCUGUUAUCAGCCUCCUGUCCCCAGCGGGUCAAGGGGAGAGGGGGGAGAGGGGGGACAUGGGGGAGAGAGGGGGAGGAGAGAGGAACCACCUCCUCAUCAACGCGAGGAAGACCAAGGAGAUGAACCACCUCCUCAUCAACGUGAGGAAGACCAAGGAGAUGAACCACCUCCUCAUCAACGCGGGGAAGACCACGGAGAUGAACCACCUCCUCAUCAACGCGGGGAAGACCACGGAGAUGAACCACCUCCUCAUCAACGCGAGGAAGACCAAGGAGAUGAACCACCUCCUCAUCAACGCGAGGAAGACCAAGGAGAUGAACCACCUCCUCAUCAACGCGGGGAAGACCAAGGAGAUGAACCACCUCCUCAUCAACGCAGGGAAGACCAAGGAGAUGAACCACCUCCUCAUCAACACGGGGAAGACCAAGGAGAUGAACCACCUCCUCAUCAACGCGGGGAAGACCACGGAGAUGAACCACCUCCUCAUCAACGCGAGGAAGACCAAGGAGAUGAACCACCUCCUCAUCAACGCAGGGAAGACCAAGGAGAUGAACCACCUCCUCAUCAACGUGAGGAAGACCAAGGAGAUGAACCACCUCCUCAUCAACGCAGGGAAGACCAAGGAGAUGAACCACCUCCUCAUCAACGCGGGGAAGACCAAGGAGAUGAACCACCUCCUCAUCAACGUGAGGAAGACCAAGGAGAUGAACCACCUCCUCAUCAACGCGAGGAAGACCACGGAGAUGAACCACCUCCUCAUCAACGCGAGGAAGACCAAGGAGAUGAACCACCUCCUCAUCAACGCGAGGAAGACCACGGAGAUGAACCACCUCCUCAUCAACGUGAGGAAGACCAAGGAGAUGAAACACCUCCUCAUCAACGCGGGGAAGACCAAGGAGAUGAACCACCUCCUCAUCAACGUGAGGAAGACCAAGGAGAUGAACCACCUCCUCAUCAACGUGAGGAAGACCAAGGAGAUGAACCACCUCCUCAUCAACGCGGGGAAGACCAAGGAGAUGAACCACCUCCUCAUCAACGUGAGGAAGACCAAGGAGAUGAACCACCUCCUCAUCAACGUGAGGAAGACCAAGGAGAUGAACCACCUCCUCAUCAACGUGAGGAAGACCAAGGACAUGAACCACCUCCUCAUCAACGUGAGGAAGACCAAGGACAUGAACCACCUCCUCAUCAACGUGAGGAAGACCAAGGAGAUGAACCACCUCCUCAUCAACCGAGAGCGAAGGUCAAGGGUCAAGGACACGCUCCAUCAGCUCAUCAGGCACCAGAGACACAGCCCCCACCUGGUUCUCACUGCAGCAGGCACCAGAGACACAGCCCCCACCUGGUUCUCACUGCAGCAGGCACCAGAGACACAGCCCCCACCUGGUUCUCACUGCAGCAGGCACCAGAGACACAGCCUCCACCUGGUUCUCACUGCAGCAGGCACCAGAGACGCAGCCCCCACCUGGUUCUCACUGCAGCAGGCACCAGAGACACAGCCCCCACCUGGUUCUCACUGCAGCAGGCACCAGAGACACAGCCUCCACCUGGUUCUCACUGCAGCAGGCACCAGCGACACAGCCUCCACCUGGUUCUCACUGCAGCAGGCACCAGAGACGCAGCCCCCACCUGGUUCUCACUGCAGCAGGCACCAGAGACACAGCCCCCACCUGGUUCUCACUGCAGCAGGCACCAGAGACACAGCCUCCACCUGGUUCUCACUGCAGCAGGCACCAGCGACACAGCCUCCACCUGGUUCUCACUGCAGCAGGCACCAGAGACGCAGCCCCCACCUGGUUCUCACUGCAGCAGGCACCAGAGACGCAGCCUCCACCUGGUUCUCACUGCAGCAGGCACCAGAGACACACAGCCCCCACCUGGUUCUCACUGCAGCAGGCACCAGAGACGCAGCCCCCACCUGGUUCUCACUGCAGCAGGCACCAGAGACACAGCCCCCACCUGGUUCUCACUGCAGCAGGCACCAGAGACACAGCCCCCACCUGGUUCUCACUGCAGCAGGCACCAGAGACACAGCCUCCACCUGGUUCUCACUGCAGCAGGCACCAGAGACGCAGCCCCCACCUGGUUCUCACUGCAGCAGGCACCAGAGACACAGCCCCCACCUGGUUCUCACUGCAGCAGGCACCAGAGACACAGCCCCCACCUCCUCCCCCCUGGUCCUCCCCCCUGGUCCUCCCCCCCUGGUCCUCCCCCCUGGUCCUCCCCCCUGGUCCUCCCCCUGGUCCUCCCCCUGGUCCUCCCCCCCUGGUCCUCCCCCUGGUCCUCCCCCUGGUCCUCCCCCUGGUCCUCCCCUGGUCCUCCCCUGGUCCUCCCCUGGUCCUCCCCCUGGUCCUCCCCCUGGUCCUCCCCCUGGUCCUCCCCCCCUGGUCCUCCCCCUGGUCCUCCCCCUGGUCCUCCCCCUGGUCCUCCCCUGGUCCUCCCCCUGGUCCUCCCCCUGGUCCUCCCCCUGGUCCUCCCCCCCUGGUCCUCCCCCCCUGGUCCUCCCCCCCUGGUCCUCCCCCCUGGUCCUCCCCCCUGGUCCUCCCCCUGGUCCUCCCCCUGGUCCUCCCCCUGGUCCUCCCCCCCUGGUCCUCCCCCUGGUCCUCCCCCUGGUCCUCCCCUGGUCCUCCCCUGGUCCUCCCCUGGUCCUCCCCCUGGUCCUCCCCCUGGUCCUCCACCUCUGGUCUCUGGGAUCAGCUUCACAGUCAUCAAUCCCGUCUCUGACCCUGGAGGUGAACCAUCUACACGGGUCCAGAGACUGCAGAGGUUCAGGGCCACAGCUGUUUUCUUCAUGA